CAGAGACAUUUAAACAGUGGUCUUUCUAUUUGAGACCAAUUUUGCUUUAAUCGUAGAGGACUAGAGCAUCCAUCACGUGGAGAAGCUGUAGUAUUGAGUUUUGUUUCAUCUCUUAGGUCAAACUCGACGAGAAAAUCUUUUGAAAUUGCCAUGAGCGCUGUAUCUGAAAAUGCCCCAUCCAACAGUACCCUACGCGCGCCAAAAUGCGCCCGCUGCCGGAAUCACGGAGUGGUAUCUUCGCUGAAAGGUCACAAACAUUAUUGUAAAUGGAGGGACUGUGUUUGCCCCAAGUGCCUGUUAAUAGCAGAGAGACAGAGAAUUACCGCCGCUAGGGUGGCCCUUCUGCGCCAUCAAACCAGAAUGGAACCGUUCGAGUCUAAAGGCUGUGGACCAUGCGUUGAAUUUACGCAUGGAGGCGCGGAUCACGAAGUAGUAUUCCCUUCGUUCACGCCGAGAGUGAACUCGGUUUUCUCCGCCAGUCCUCCAUCCGAACCAACACGACCAGCUUCUUGCCCUGUAACUGAAGAGAAAAACUCACAACAGCCAGUGUUCAUUAAAGAAGAAAAAAUUGAUCCGGAGUAUUCCAGCAAUGACACUCUUCCCGAAGACGACCGAGGUGAUGAACCUCCUCCCAAAAGAUUGGCAAGAAGCGCCUCACCGCAGCUUACAAACGGGAAUGUUUCUCGCUCCCCGUCACCUCGCUUUCACGUGCAUGAAAGCUGUCGACCACAAGCAGAUCAUGUGAUCAGGGAGAACGAUAACUCUUCGUUUCAGUUGCCAUGGAGCUCGACUUUCCGUGACCAAGAUGAUUUCGACUACACCGUGAAGCUUCUUCAAAAGAGUCUUGGUGAAUCUGCCUUCAAAAGACGGAAACCUCCCCAUCCUGUCGAAGUUCUCAGCAAAAUAUUUCCUUCACACAAAGAAAACGUAUUGGAACUCGUUCUGAAAGGCUGCAGUGGUGAUUUGGUCCAAGCGAUCGAAUGUAUUCUAGCUGGCAAGAGUCAUUCCAUCGACUUUCCGGAGCCAGCCUCGUCCUGUCUUCCCUCUGCCCCUUUGUCUUCUAGUUUUUCCAGCAUUCCGUUCACGGGAGUUAAACAAACUCUGCUUCCAGGCGUGCCUCUCUCUUUACCUCUUACGUCAUUCAACGGUGCUACCAAGACUACGGCGCACCCACUGACCUCAAUGGGAGCGCAGGCUCAUGGUGGACUAAGGUUACCUCCCAUGAUACGAAGCCGUUCGUUACAAACUCAAAGAAACGAGCAUGAAGAAAGAGAACUGAAUGGAUAUCAUGCGCACAACGGCCUCAUUGGGCCAGCAUUUUUGCCGCCUUAUCGAGGUUCGCCUCCGCUUUCUAGAGAAAACAACUUGUUGGAGAACGAAAUCUCGGUUUGUUUUCGUUGUGGUACAAAAUCUCGAUCGGGUGACCGAUUUUGUGGGAAAUGUGGGGCGGACCUUAAAUGUUAACAAGACGUGUCAUUUGUUUGACUGUGAGCCAUUAGUUUUGGUGUGGGUCGGGUAUAUUGAAUCGAGCUUACCAGAAAACUCCCCGAGAAAAGUUUAAAAACAGCGGCUUUACCGUUUUCGUUUUCUUCUAGUUAUAUCAGUUUUGCAGUGGGGCGUCGUAAAAAGAAAGUUUUAAAAAGCGGUUCGUGGUCUUUCCCAAGAAGUUACCAGUAAGCCUCGAUAUGGUGUAUUCGCCUCAUUCGUGUCCAAAUAAUUGGCGCACAUUUUCCAAUCGGUCGGCAAAACUAGUUUCGAAAAUAAUUAAUCCAAGAAAGGUCACAAUAUUUACUCUUUUAUGUGCAAAUUCCUGAUGAGGAGUUGUAAAUGUUGUUGGCAAAGGUGUUACUUUUUUCUCAAGGCAGGAUCAAGAGACAAAAUCACCUUUUUAAAAGAAACUUAUCUGUGAAACCAUCUCAGAGUCCUUUAUCUAAUAAAAGGCAUAAACGGAAAU